AGAGGGCGCCGGUGGCGCGCGCGCGUCCGCCCGCCCACACAGGCUGCGGCUCAACGGGGGAGCGACGGUCCGCGCGCCGCUGCACGAGCCUCGGGGACAUCGCGACAUCCUCGGGGACGCACAUCGCCAGCUCGGCACGGGGGGACCCUAAACCGGGACUCGGGAGUGAGACCAUGAAUUCCAUCGACAUGCCCAUGGUGGAGGACCCCACCGCCAACGGCAUACACGCGCCAAGGGUGAUCACCACCACGGCGGGGUUCUCGCGUGGAGCCACCGUGAGCUUCCACAACAUCCACUAUAAGGUGACGGUGAAGGCAGGACCCGCGUGCAAAAGGCAGACCGUCACCAAAGACGUCCUGGUGGAUCUCAAUGGGAUCAUGGCACCGGGGUUAAAUGCAAUACUGGGACCGACAGGAGGCGGAAAAUCUUCGUUCCUGGAUGUGCUGGCAGCCAGGAAGGACCCGUCCGGGUUGUCGGGGGAGGUGCUCAUCAAUGGCGCCCCGCAGCCGCCCAACUUUAAGUGCCUCUCUGGUUACGUUGUCCAGGAUGACGUGGUAAUGGGCACACUGACCGUUAGGGAGAACCUCCGCUUUUCUGCCGCCCUGCGUCUCCCUAGCUCCGUGAGCCAGAAGGAGAAGGAUGCCCGUGUGAGCAAUUUCAUCAAGGAGUUGGGCCUCACCAAAGUGGCCGACUCCAAGGUGGGAACCCAGAUGAUUCGGGGUAUCUCGGGGGGUGAAAGGAAGAGGACUGCGAUCGGGAUGGAGCUCAUCAUGGAACCUUCUGUGCUGUUCCUUGAUGAGCCAACCACAGGCCUGGAUGCUAGCACUGCCCAUUCUGUUCUGCUGCUCCUGAAAAGAAUGGCCAGUCAAGGACGCACAAUUAUCUUGUCCAUUCAUCAACCACGGUACUCAAUCUACCGGCUGUUUGACACUCUGACUCUGCUGGUGAGCGGCAAGCAGGUCUAUCAUGGCCCAGCUCAGAGCGCUCUGGACUACUUUGCCAAUAUCGGGUAUGCAUGCGAAGCCCACAACAACCCAGCAGACUUCUUUUUGGACGUCAUCAAUGGUGAUUCCACAGCAUUCUCUUUGGCCAAGAUACAAAACUCAGAAGAGCCGGACUUUGAGGAGCAGAGCAGGUCUCGGAAGUCCAUCGAAGAGCGCCUGGUCGAGGAAUACAGAAAGUGCACCCAGUACCAGGAGACCAAGACAGUGCUUGAGAACAUAAUGCAGGGCAGAGAUUAUACCAAAAAGCCCAAGUCACGCACUAUCACCUACAACAGCUCCUUCUUCCUCCAGCUCCACUGGGUGCUGAAGAGAACAUUCCGGAACCUCAUGCUGAAUCCCCAGACCUCCAUAGCUCAGGUUGCCGUCAGCACUUUCCUGGCUCUUGUAGUUGGAGCGAUAUUCUUCAAAGUUAAGGAUGACCAGAGUGGGAUCCAGAACAGAAUGGGGGCACUCUUCUUUAUCACAACAAACCAGUGCUUCAGCACCGUGUCGGCUGCCGAGCUCUUCAUCACGGAGAGGAAGCUCUUUGUGCAUGAAUACAUCAGCGGAUAUUAUCGGAUUUCGGUGUACUUCCUGUCCAAGAUAACGUCAGACAUACUAACCAUGCGCACGGUUCCAGCUUUAAUCUUCUGCUGCAUCGUUUACUUCAUGAUCGGCCUGAAGAAAACAGCAGCUGCGUUCUUCAUCUUCACAUUCACGGUGAUGAUGGUGUCCUACACAGCGACAGCUAUGACAAUGGCCAUCUCCGCAGACCAGACUGUAGUGGCCCUAGCCAAUCUCUUCAUGACCAUCACGUUUGUAUUCAUGAUGAUUUUCUCAGGUCUUCUGGUGAAUCUGCCCAGUGUGAUGAACUGGUUGGCUUGGCUGAAGUACUUCAGUAUCCCUCGCUACGGUUUGGCGGCUCUGGAGAUCAAUGAGUUUACUGGCCUGUAUUUCUGCGGGAACCUGACCAGUGUGUCUCAGAUGUCCAACUGCACCGUGAUGCCCUCUACCCUGUUUUGCACAGGUGAACAGUUCCUGACCUACCAAGGCAUUGAAUACAGUACCUGGGCACUGUGGCAGAAUCACGUUGCGCUGGCGGUGAUGGGUGUCAUUUUCCUCAUCAUUGCUUAUCUGAAACUGCGCUUCAUAAAGAAGUUCACGUAAGCGGGAAAGGACUACUUCCACCUCGUCCAUACUGGGUGGAUCGAUGGUAUUGUGCGAACAAUACCGUAGUAGAUGGUCGUUUGCACCCAUUCCUUCCAGUGCUCAGAAAGACCUGCUUGGAAAUAGUCCAGUUUGCAUGCAACUCUGUUAAUGUAAAAUAAGCUACUAAACUAGUUUCUUGCUCUUUAAUUGGUUUAUUUAACUUAUGAUUUUGUAGUAUCACUUCAAGAUAUUUACUAGCAAAGGCUUCAUAUUUUGUUGUAACUUGGUUUACAAUUGAUGAAAUUGUUACAAUAAA